ACGAACGCGUAACAGCAAGUGUGUUAUUUCGGAAUAUUUUAAUUGACAUUUUAUCAUGUAAGUAAUGAGUUGUACAGAAAAUGAAAGUGGACCUUUCGUCGUAUUCCUUUUACCGGCGACUCUUGGGUGCCUAACUAUACUCUUAGUCCGACGUUGGGUUUUCACUCAAGUUAGCACUACUUCGUCUACUGCAAUCUCACGACGGCGGAAAAUUAUUAAAGAUCCUUUGAUUAAACGUCCUAUACCCCCGGUCGCCAAAAUGGUGGCUCCAGGUUCUAAGAAAACCUCCGGUGGCGCUAAGAAGGGAGCGACAACACCUCUCAUUGAUGAGGAAGUAAACAAUGGCAAACGUGCAAGAUCAAGGCUGUCUCCGACAAAAUCUUCAGCACCUGAAGUGAAAUUCUCCGACAGUCCAGCACCCCCAAAACACAUACCAUUUCCAUAUAUCCCUCAAGAUGGGGAUCUACUUUUUGAAAGUAUGAACUUUGUAUUCACACUUGUCGCAACAGGCUUACAGUUCUUGAAUUUGUAUCGGACAAUGUGGUGGUUACCACACUCAUAUAGUACACAAGCUAUGAAUUUUUAUCUCAUUGACCCGCACCUGGUUGCAUUUAUAGUGACGAUAAUAAGUAGAAGAUUAUUAUUAAGUUUAAGUCUCGCACUACUAAGACGUAUAUUAGCACCUAAGAUGAUUCCACAUGCAACUGUUGCUGCCAGAAUGUUCAUCCUAGGCGUAGUGCUAGGCGUACUAUCCUGGUGUACUUACUUUAUAAUGCUUAAGUACCCUCCUUUUAAAAUUUUUUACCUAUGCUAUCCGGCAGUAUUAUAUUUCAUAUGUUUUGGGGUUGAUUCGACCCCAUUCUUAGAACUACACAAAACAGAGAUGCCACUCAUGCACAGCUGUUCACAUGACCCCGAACAAAUUCAUAAAGAGGUUGAGGUUUUGCGACAGGAAUUCAACUUGAGAUUGAAGAAAAUUGUCUUUAACUCAGUACUAGGAGCGUAUUACACUAGUUUCGUUCCGUGUGGUUUUGCUCAGCCGUUCGUGCAGUACGACGUGGUGGCCGCGGCGCAGCAGACGGCGCUGGUGUGGGGCACGCUGUGCGGCCGCUACACGGCGCACCUGCUCGCCGCCAGCGCCACCGACGCGCCGCACCGCGCCGCCCGCCACCUGGGCCGCUGGCGCGCGCUCUCCGCCUCAGGCGAGGCGGGCGACGUUCCCCUGUGGUCGGGGACGCGCGUGUGGGCUCGUGGAACUCGUGUGAGAUGCGCUCUGGGCGUGUUCGCGGUCGCCGCGCCUACUGCAGUUGGCAACCCCGCCGACGUGCAUCACAUACGAUUCUAUGAUGCGUUCAGCAACCCUGCAAAGCUGCUGUGUCUGCUGCUAUGUCUGCAGCUCUCUCUAGUUGUCAUGCAACUCUGUCUACUGUUCUGCUCAUUUGCGUGGCACCAUUUUGUAGCUGUCAUCAUUUUGCUAUUUAUUAACUACUACACACUCUUCAAGAUGGCUCGGGAUUAUCUUGUUGCGUGGAAAGUGUAUAAAGCUGAAAAUAUGAUUCAGGACAAGAGUGGACCGACAUCAGUCAGUCAGUGAGAUUAAAAAAUAAUAUGUAUCUCUGCACACAUUGAUAAUAUUGUAUAAUUAUUGUGUACAUUAAAUGAAAAUAACUAAAUGUUUACAGUACACAGGCACUACUUUAAAGUUUUCCUUAAUUAGUCGUACUGUUAAAGUCUGU